UUAAAUUAAAUUUGUAAUCAUUGCUGUUUUUGUAAUUGCAGUUUGUAAUUGUAGUUUUAUUGAAUACGAUAUUCUGUCGGUUUGCAUCUAGUAUCAGGACAAGAAAAUAAGCUUUUUGUGUUUGUUUUAUUGGUGACGACAAUCUUGUAUUAAUCAUACGAUAACAAGCCGAACGACACCAGCAACUUGCUGAACUCAUCAGGCGUUGAAGAUAGAAAAAGCUACCCGGUUUUGUCAUCAGCAAUUCAAAAUGAACUUGAACUUUCUGCUCACGGAGAUUUCACUUCAACUGUUAGACAACAAAUUUUUUGACAUGCAUGGUCAGGAAACCGAUAAUAUGAAAGAUUUUUUCGCCGCUCAAAAUGCAUCCCUACAGAAAAAUGGCCAAAAACGAUUGAAAACGAGUGGCGAGCUGUUACCGCUGUUGGGAAUAGCCAGUUUCGACGAUCUGAAGAAUUGUAGUCAUUACGUGGAUAAUCAGUACCAAGGGUUUAUAGACAAUUUGCAGGCUCGCAUUGAAAUUAUGCCACAGGUUGAUGAAUCCACACCGACGUCGAGCAACAGGACGCACGCGCAAAUGCAAAGUGAGCUUUGUGAGGUUCGGAUAAAAACUCAGCGAGAGUACGCAAAAAUGGUGAGCCAUUCGAAAAAGAUGAUGGACAUUUAUCUGGAUACGUUACCCCAGGAAGCCGAUCGCGACUGGGAAUCGACGAAGUACAUAGAGGAGGAGCGAAGCCUGCUGGUGAAUGAGUUCAAUAGCUUACUGUACUUCUUGAAGCGAGUUUUGGCGGACGUGAAACGUCGUGAGCAAUGCGAGCAAGCUAUGGAAAUCAUUAAGGGAACCAAGGAAACGCUAAAGCAUCUGUAAUGAAGCAGGGUAAUCAUAGUGGAUGUCGCGCGUUCGUUUUAUUUGUAUCUCUAUGAAAAACGACUUCUGCUUCAAUGAAGUAAACGGUACAGAUUAUAAAAGUACUUGGUAAGGUCUGGUGUAUUAUAUAUAACCGAUUUAUUAUAUAAUCAUUCUUAUAUUUUUACGAAACAAGAUUUUUCCUGUUUCUUGCAUUUCUGUAAAUUGUAACAGCUUAUGCAUAGAAUAAAAAUGCGAUCUCAUAACAGUA